AGCAUUACGUCAGCCUGGGAUUGGUAACCUGGAGUUAAGCGAGCUCUCUGCCUGCGCGAGGGCUUUAAAAGGGGUGAUGCAACGCGCUCCCAGCCACAGUCUCACUCAGCGAGGCGCGCUGCUUACGGUGCUUCCCCGGCUCCCGAGCCGCCGCCGAGCCCUCGGUGCUCGCCUGCCUGCGGAACAGACGGACCGCCUCUGGCCGCUCUCUGGACCCUGGCCUCCCCGAGCGAAAACUGGAGCAAAAUGAUGCUUCAACAUCCCGGCCAGGUCUCUGCCUCGGAAGUCAGCGCAUCUGCCAUCGUCCCCUGCCUCUCACCUCCUGGGUCACUGGUAUUUGAGGAUUUUUCUAACCUGACUCCCUUUGUCAAGGAAGAGCUGAGGUUCGCCAUCCAGAAUAAGCACCUGUGCCAUCGGAUGUCUUCUGCACUGGAGUCAGUUACUAUCAACAACAGACCUCUGGAGAUGUCAGUCAUGAAAUCUGAGGUGGCCCCUGAAGAAGAUGAAAGGAAAAGGAGGCGACGGGAAAGAAAUAAAAUUGCAGCUGCCAAGUGUCGGAACAAGAAAAAAGAGAAGACAGAGUGCCUACAGAAAGAGUCGGAGAAGCUGGAAAGUGUCAACGCCGAGCUGAAGGCCCAAAUCGAGGAGCUAAAGCAUGAGAAACAGCACCUGAUCUACAUGCUCAACCUGCACAGGCCCACGUGUAUCGUCCGGGCUCAGAACGGGCGGACUCCGGAAGACGAGAGGAACCUCUUUAUCCAACAGAUAAAAGAAGGGACCUUGCAGAGCUAAGCUGCGGAGGCACGGGGGCUACUGGGGAGUCCCUACUGAAUCCUCCUUUUCCACCCCAAACCCUGAAGCCAGUUAGAAAACUUGGCUUUCUGCGUACUUCUAGAAUCUCAGCGGCUGAGAGCCGUUGGGGCAGGACGGCCUACAGUGGCUGACUACUGCUGCCCCACUCUGCCCCGAAGUGAACGGUGGACCAGGCAGGAACAUCCUUUGUCUCGCUAACUCCAGGACUUAGGCCUUACCGUCCCGGCCAUCCUCAGAUGGCAGCGUAGCUGGCCCCUGG